AUUUUAUUGGUAACAGUGUAUUUGAUGAGACCAGGUAUAUAAUAAUAUAUGAAUCGUGUUUUUUUAGUAGGCUACAUCAUCCAGGGCGAAACUAUGUCCCGUUGGUUUUACAAAUUCUCUGAAAAGUAUGGCUUUUAAAACAAAGUUAACAUUUGUACUAUUAAUUGUGUGCAGUCUGUUCAUGUUCUACUUCUAUUUAUUAUGCUCUACCAAUGAUUGUGAGCAAUUCAAAAUUACUGGUUUAUCGAGUUGGGCGAAUAUCACAACCUCUAUCAACGGAUCACUAGAAUCGUCAAUGAGAUUAUCUGUUUCGAAUUGGGGAUCACGAAGCCCAGCUUCAAAAACCCAAGUAAAAAGAAUACGUUGGGAAAACGCACCACCUUGGUUACCCGAAGACUUACAAGAUGGCGCGGUAUUUGCUAAUUGUGAAAUUAAAUCGUGUGUUAUUGUGAACGAGUUAGAAGCAGCCCAUGGCGUGAUCAUUUAUAUGGUUAGUUAUCAACGAUUGCCUCCUUUUCCGCGUCCACCAGGACAGGUUUGGGUUCUGUUUGGGUUAGAAUCACCUCCACAUUCGAACUCUCAAGUUUUCAAACAUCCAGUCUGGCAAUCACAAAUAAAUUGGACAAUGACAUAUCGCUUAGAUUCCACAAUUCCAAUUCCAUACGGACAGACAUUGCAUCGUCCGGUUCGUGAACAACCAGACUUAAAACAAAUUCUCGUGAAAAAGACUAAAUUGAUAGCAUGGGUUGUUAGUAACUGCGUGACUGAGAGUCAAAGACGAAAAUAUGUUCAACUUCUUCAAACGCAUCUUCGUGAGCCAGUGGAUAUUUAUGGACGAUGUGGGACCUUAGAUCCUGGUCCAGGAGAGGGCGUGUUCAACACUAUUAGUGAAAAAUACAAAUUUUACUUGGCUUUCGAGAAUUCCUUGUGUGUGGAUUACGUUACAGAAAAAUUUCACCAAAGACAAAAUUUAAAUUUGAUCGUGAUUGUCAGAGGCGGUGGGAAUUAUUCUCAUUUCUACCCAAAGAAGUCUUUACUUGACACCAAUGAUUUCACCACGACCAAAGAAUUGGCUGAAUAUAUUCAUUAUUUAGACAGAAACAAUACGGCAUAUUUGGAAUAUUUAUCAAAUAAAGCACCUUUCGUGGCUAAAGACUCAAUCUAUACGAUGUCCAACGGUGUUUGUGAAAUUUGCAAGCGACUACACGAACCGAUAGUUCAAACUUGUUAUAAAAACAUCGGUAAUUGGUGGUAUCAAAAUGCAUGUCACGAGCCCAAAGAUCUCCUAUAGAAUAUUUAUAUUGUUUUGUUCUGAGAGUGGCAUCUGAUAAAUAAUCAGUAGGCUAUAUUAGUUUAAAUAUGUGUAGAAUGACGUUGGAGUAGUAAGUAUGAUGUUUCUGAUUAUACUAAUUAUACUCACUUCGAAUAAAGGAUAUUACUUUAAAUGAUA